AUGUUUAUCACGGUGAUGUUUGGAGCUGGCUGCCGGGAGCUGGUGAACCCGUGGUGCAGCCUGGUGACUCUCACUGCCCACCUGCGGCGGAGGGGGCGAGUGCCUCCAGACGCAACCAUCGCCCUCCUGGCUGAGGAUGGGCACCUGGUGAGUCUGGGCGAUGACCUGGAGGAGGGGACUCCCCAGGCCCCCUCCUCAGGCAGCCCCCUGCUGCAGGAGCGUGGGACCUAUGUCCUCGUGCGGAUCAUCAAUGGGGAGGGAGGGGCCCCCACUCGCUAUGAGUCCCUACUGGAGAACCUGGAUGACCGGUGUCCAGAGCUGGCCGAGGCGCUGCGCUGCCUGUCGGGCCUACCCCCACUGGGCAACAGUCGGAGGAGACGUACUGGCACUCGUACUGGCACUCGGCGUGGCCACCAGGACCAAGGCCCUCCUUCAAGGUCCCAAAGGCUGGGCUCCCUGCUGUCCAGGACCCGCUAG